AUGUCAAGCUCCUACGACCGCGCUUUAACCGUUUUUUCUCCCGACGGUCAUUUAUUCCAGGUGGAAUAUGCAUUGGAAGCUGUAAGGAAAGGAACGUGUGCUGUUGGCGUUCGCGGAAAAGACUGUGUUGUUCUGGGUGUUGAAAAGAAAUCUGUCUUAAAAUUGCAAGAUCCUCGUACCGUUCGAAAAAUAGUAAUGUUAGAUGAUCAUAUUUGCAUGGCGUUCGCCGGGUUAAGUGCAGAUGCGCGUGUAUUAGUCAAUAAAGCACGAGUAGAGUGUCAAAGUUAUCGGCUUUCUGUCGAGGAUCCAGUCACUGUGGAAUACAUUACGCGUUAUAUUGCUGGUGUUCAACAGAAAUAUACACAAAGUGGUGGUGUUCGUCCUUUUGGUAUUUCUACACUUAUAAUUGGGUUUGAUCCUCACGAUAAAGCACCCAAACUUUAUCAAACUGAUCCGUCUGGUAUAUAUUCAGCUUGGAAGGCAAAUGCCAUAGGACGAAGCUCGAAAACUGUACGCGAAUUUUUAGAGAAAAAUCACAAGGACGAAUUAACAGAAGAAGAGUCUAUUAAGUUGACAGUCAAGUCUCUGCUUGAGGUUGUACAAACUGGCGCUAAAAAUAUCGAAAUAACCAUUAUGAGUGUCACCGAGGAUCCAGAGAAGAAAACCAUUAAGACCCAAGUAAAGAAUCUGGAAGUUGAUCAA